CUGAUCUGAGAUCAGCUUUGACUUGAGGUAGGGAUGUGGAUGAGGAAAUCUCAUCAUAGAUUACAAGCAGGCUUGGGCGUGGGAUUCUUUUCCUGUUCGUUUGUGUUGUGGUCUGGCCCCGGUCUCCCUUUGUUUGAGGUGUUUGCUUGAGUUAUGACCGACACCAUGUUUGGUAGCGGGAACCACCAGUGGGUUUGCCCCAACGAUCGACAACUUGCUCUGAGAGCCAAGCUUCACACAGGCUGGUCAGUGCACACGUUCCAGACAGAGAGGCAGAGAAAAACCCAGGUGCUGAACAAAAGGGAGCUGGACAUCAUCAUGAGCGUCAUUCAUCGUGCCGAACAACUCGACAUGAUCGAGCAGCAUCGAGUCGGGCGCCUAAUAGAGCGUUUGGAGAACAUGAGGACAUCAGCAGUGGGCAACGGUCUGUCUCAGUGCCUGCUUUGUGGAGAGGCGCUGGGGCUGCUGGGAACUCCUUCAGUCCUCUGUUUUGACUGCUGCAAGAAAGUGUGCACCAAGUGUGGGAUUGAGAUGGCAUGCAGUCAGAAGAGGGCUCAGUGGCUCUGCAAGAUCUGCAGUGAACAGAGAGAGGUGUGGAAGCGAUCUGGGGCAUGGUUCUACAAGGCACUGCCUAAGUACGUUCACUCGGAGAAGGACUCGUUCAUGGGUAGGAGGCCUGUGACUGAGAGAGAGGAGCAGCCAGUGGCCAGGAGUGUGCCAAUCACCUACACCUGGGCUCACAGGAAAGAAUGGGUUACAGUGAGUCAGCAGUGAGCCAGAAGUCACUCUUGCUUUGGCUGAAUCCAUCAAGCCAGAUUGGAG